UUAUAGUCCAGAAACCUUCCAUGAAUUCCACCAGUAUAGCCUCGCCCAGAAUCCAUGGUUCGUAAACCAACCUUAUAUCUCGUUCCUCUCGCAACCUUAUAUUAAUAGUCCGCAGUCAUCAUCAUGAUCCCAUCCAUGUCUCUGCCAUCUCAUCUCGUAAACCCCAUCGCCAGAGCCCCUCCGUUCCAUGGACAUCAUCCCAUCUCCCCUCCUCUUCCCAACGCUCUCCCUUGCCCACACACAUACACUCCCAAAUCCAAUCCCCACAGCCUCCCCCAAAAAAGAACCAGAAAAACAACAUCACAAACCAGCCCAGCCCAGCCAACCAGCACCAGUCCAUACCAAAAUGUCCAUGCCCAAACUAAACAUCCGCGUCUCCCCACCGCCUCCCCUCCCCCAACUCCUCCGCUGCGACCCAUCCAAUAUCCCCUACUGCAACGGGACAUGCAAAUCGGGCGCUUGCGCCCCGCGUCGCCACCACCAGGGUAACUGCCCCGGCCUGCUCAGCAGCACGAAUAGGGCCCGCGCCGCGCAGGUCCUCGAGACGGGCGCGCCCCUUUUCCAGCAUUAUGCGCCGCUGCGCGUCUGCUUGGAGCAGUUGGCGCCGUUGGUGCUCUGUGAAAGGGACCAGGGCCAGGUGCAGGAUCUGCUGAGGAUUUGGUGGAAGAGGAGGGAUUGGUAAUGGCCAUGCGGCUGACGAGGGAGAGGAUAGAAGUGAUGUCCAGACCGCUACCGUGGCAGGGGGGUCUGCGGAGACUUUGACGGCUCCGUCGACUGCUAGUUUGGCUUCCUCGCAGUCGACGUUGUCUUACCACAGUGGCAAUUCUGGCUCCGGAAAAGAAGAUGGGAAUGACAUUGCAAGUGGAG